AUGCUACCGCAAACCUAUGAACAUUCACGCCCCCCCCCCCUUCUUUCGGGAUCGUCGCACUUGGUGAGACCCCAAGAUACGGCUUUGGCCCGACUCCAUGGCCUCCCUAAGGUGCACAAAGACGGCGCUCCUCUCCGACCCAUCGUGUCGCUCAAAGGGACUCCAACGUACGGACUGGCUAAGUGGCUGUUCUGGCGUCUCAAGUUCCUGACCGCUGAGUCAGACACCACGGCCUCUUCGUCAGCACAAUUCCUGGAGAAACUCAAAGGGGUAAGCAUCCAUUCAAACGAGGUCAUGGUAUCUUUUGAUGUUACAUCCCUUUUCACUUCUAUUCCCCAGGACCUGGCGAUCGAGACAAUUGAGCUGCUUCUACAAAGCAAAUACGAUGAAACAGAGAACCGUCUUGGACACGCCCAAAUCCUUCAUCUCCUGAAGCUCUGUCUCAGGACGUACUUCUAG